UGUGCAGUCAAAACUCAAAACAACCACGUUCAACACAACGUCGUUUACGGAUUUUGUUGCUCGUAAUACAUUCGUAAUGUUGUUGUUGUCAUUGUUUAUAUCUAUUAUUAUUACAAUUGACCUAAGAUAUAAUAUUUAGUUAUCACUUAAUUAUCCGGUGAACAAUAUUAUAGCAUAAAAGUGAACGAUUUAUUAAUAGACACCGUGAAGACAUAGUGCAAUCAGUCGUGUUCUUUUUGUGAUAUUGUGAUUUUAUAAUUUAAGAUUUUUUGGCGUGUGUGUUUCGUAAACACAUUAUUUAAAUUGUGGUUGAAAUGGCAACUUUACCUCGAAUGACUACAUCUAAGCAUGUUGUUAAUAAUAUAUCAUCACCCUUUAGUACAAGCCCUCGAAAAUUGCAAGAGAUGACACUUCCCACUCCAGAUGGCCACGAUGUCACAACUGCAAGUGGAAUAAGCAUGAAACAAUAUGAAGAACAGUUAAAUGGUUUAAGAAAAGAAAACUUUCAUCUUAAAUUACGUAUAUAUUUUCUAGAAGAAAAAUUAGGUAGCGGUGCACCGCCCGCCGUCCAAGGUUUAUUAGAACAUAACGUCCGCCUUCAAGUUGAAGUUGAGGAACUAAGAAGACAACUAACUGAUAAACAAGAAUUGCUUGCAGCGGCAGCUGAAGCCAUCGAUGUCUUAGAGAAUCAGGGGUCGAUAUCCACUGAAACUGCAGAGGUGUCAGUAAAUAACAGUAUUACAGUGACCAGAAAAGACAAUAGUGAACCGAUAAAGGAAACAGGAAAUCACACCGACCUCGUUGACGAAACAUAUCAGUCGGAAUCAGCUGGAGAUUACUUAGCUGUUACGGUUAAUAAUGAGGACUUGGACCAACUGACAAGACUAAAGAAAGAAAACCACAAGGCCCUACAAAUGAUCAAAGGAUGUAUGAAAAAAAUUCAACAACAGGACAAGGAAAUAAAAAAAUUAAAACUGGAUAAGGAGUUGACAUACGCACACGUAAGCGACUCACAGCUGGAAAAAUAUGAAGAAAUAUUAAAAUGUAAGGAUGAGCAUAUCAAAGAUUUGGAAAAUAAGGUCAGGCUGCUGCAGACUAGUUUUGACAAUGCGCAAACUGAAGAUUCCGCUGGGAACCUUCAACAACUGCUUACAAGACGCUUGCAAGGAUUGGCAUAUUUUCUUGAUAAAUUGUUGUCACAUAAAUGUGUUUUGGGCGAGGAAAAGAAAAAGCUAGCCGAAAGUAUAUUAGAACAAAGCCUAGCUUUACCAGUAGGUUUACAAUUAGAUGAAUCAAUGGCUCCAGAUGAUUUCACAAUGGAUGAAAGUAAUCUAGAUAUAUCACAAUCAAUGAGGAUAGAAGAUUUAACUAUGAUGUUCGGACAUCACUUGAUGUGCAGUGAUGAUAACAACAGAUAUUCUUUGAGAAAAGCUAUCCGCAAUGUUCCCCAAGCUGAUGUUAUAUCGGAAUCAGAAUGUUGGUCGGAACCCGAUAGAAAUGUUUCCUUAGCAAGAGUUGGGCUCUGUGAUACAGGAGUAGCGGUUAAAGAGUGUAUUUCAGAUGUAAAUAGACAUCGGUCGCGAAGAUCCAAAGUGUCUUAUGGGUCUCAAUCUGAAGACAGUAAACCUAUAAACGAAAAUGCUAUUCUCGAAAAAAUUGGUGACAUAUCUAAGCGCAAUCAACAGUUAGAAGAAGAAAAAUUAGACUUAAAUACAAAAUUAGAACUGGCACUGAAACAAAUUAAUGAUCUUACGGUAGAAAACGAAAAAAUCAAAGAGGCUCUAGAGUUGGAACAGCAAAAUGCUAAAGAUGCGAAUAAACAUUUAGAAACUAUGAAACAUACUUUAUUCGCUUUGGAAACAAGAAUCAAAGAAAAUGAACAGCAGAUUACUUACAAUAUGCAAAUGAUAGAAAAGUUAAGAGCUGAAAAACAAGAAUUGGAGGUCACAUUUUUAGAAACGGAACGUUCACUUAGGCGGGCAGCAGAUGAGGCAACUGUCCAGGCUUCGCAGGCGGCUCUGGAAAGAGCAAGAGCACAACAUGACAGGCUGCGUAUUGAGAGAGAAUUAGAAGAAACACGUGAAAAGUUGUCUACCGCAUUGGAAUCCAACGCACAAUUGGAAAUAGAAGUUACUCGGAAAAUGGCAAUGGAAGCUGUAAAUAAUAUGGUUGAAAUCCAUGAAGGAGUUAAUUCUGAAGAAGACCGACCUACAUCGCCAGAUCAAGGAAUAGACAGUGAUAGACUUUCGAGCCUGGAACAAAAUGACGCAGUCAAUUUGUCGCCUCGUUCGUUGUAUGAAGAAAAUGUUACUCUUAAGCAAAAGUUGGCAAGAACCAAAGCAACGCUAGCAGAAACUCUAACGCAACUUAAUGCAGCUAAUAUGAGAAAAAGAAAUGUGCAACGUGCAAUUUGCAGAGAAAUUCAUAAAACACAGGGAGUAUUGCGUAAGGCUCGGGAUCAGUUUGAACAUAACAAUUAAUUUUAUCCUUCGUGCACUAGAUUAAGUCUAGCUAUCCGAUUGACAAUAAUUAUGUAUUAAUGAGUUUUUUUUAUGUAAUAGUUUUAUACUACUGACGCCUUUUUUUCAUGACAUACUUUAUAAGUUCAUAUUCAUCUAAAUUGAUUUGUUAGCAACAUAACCGUGUAUUUUAAAGUAAAAUAAAAAUUUUAUACACAA